AAUGCUACCAUAAAGCAACACGUCCUCUAUUGUUUUAUGUUUCAGAUCGUAUUCGCUUGUCGCUCUUUCUCUUCCAGUCUUCGCUAUUCUCACUGAGCAUUUGCAAUCACAUUGAAUAUGGCUGAUGCUACACAACCUAAUGCUGAGUUGUUGGAGUGGCCAAAGAAAGAUAGGCGCCGCUUCCUGCAUGCUGUAUACCGUGUUGGUGAUCUUGAUCGCACCAUUAAGUUUUAUACUGAAUGUUUUGGUAUGAAGCUUUUGAGGAAAAGGGAUGUUCCUGAAGAGAAAUAUGCCAAUGCUUUUCUUGGAUUUGGACCUGAACAAUCACAUUUUGUUGUGGAAUUAACAUAUAAUUAUGGGGUGACGUCGUACGAUAUUGGAACUGGCUUUGGACAUUUUGCUAUUGCAACUCCAGAUGUUUACAAACUGGUUGAAGACAUCCGAGCUAAGGGUGGAAACAUCACUAGGGAGCCUGGUCCAGUUAAGGGUGGGACCUCUGUUAUAGCCUUUGUCAAGGAUCCUGAUGGAUACUCUUUUGAGCUCAUCCAAAGAGCUUCAACCCCUGAGCCAUUGUGCCAAGUAAUGCUUCGCGUUGGUGAUUUAGAGCGCUCAAUUAAGUUUUAUGAAAAGGCUUUGGGUUUGAGGGUGGUAAAGAAGGUUGAUAGACCGGAAUACAAGUACACUUUAGCCAUGCUUGGGUAUGCAGAGGAGCAUGAGACAACUGUGUUGGAGCUGACGUAUAACUAUGGUGUCACGGAAUACACCAAGGGAAAUGCUUAUGCACAGGUCGCUAUUGGUACAGAUGAUGUAUACAAGAGUGGUGAGGUAGUCAACAUAGUCACACAAGAGCUUGGAGGGAAGAUUACUCGGCAACCAGGGCCGCUCCCUGGCAUUAACACAAAGAUCACUUCUUUCUUAGAUCCAGAUGGAUGGAAGACUGUCUUGGUUGACAAUCAAGAUUUUCUGAAGGAAUUGGAGUGAAGAGUCCUGGCUUUUCAUGAAGUAUGAAGUCCUAAUACUAUUGUAUGAAUAAGUUGUCUGGCUUGAUGAGUGAUCAGCAUGUGGUUAUCGGUGUAAUAGUCUUUCUGUAUGGUUUCUCUGAUGUGGUGGCUAUAGUUGACUCGAGACUCAGCUGAAACUUCCAUUUGCUCAUUAUCCUUAUCAAGUGCUUGUUUGCGAUUCUAGACAAUCUGAAGUGACAUCCCACACUC